GCAUUAUCUCUGAUGUCAGGUUGUGUCGUGCGAGUGUCGUGUCAUGUGGUGGAGAUGUAUAUAAAUGACUGUGGUGGUCUCUCCAGCAGCAUCUUGUCAAGAUGAAUACAGCAUACAGCCUGUUGCUCUCAGUGGCUUUGACAAGCUUGACACUGACAGGAACAUUUGGAGCUGAUAUCAUCAAUGGCAAAAACGUCAAGAAGAACUCCAUGCUUUACAUGGCAUCAGUUCAGAUUGAAGGAAAACACAGAUGUGGAGGAUUCCUGAUCGACCCGAGCUACGUGAUGACAGCCGCACACUGCGAUGAAAUAGGCGACAUGACUGUGAUCUUGGGCACCCACAACAUCAGUCCACAGCAGGCGAAUCUGAGAAGAUAUACAGUGCAACAUAAACAUAAGCACCCAUCUUUCAAAGACCCAAAAAAUGGCUCUGACAUCAUGCUUCUCAAGCUGUCCAAGAAGCUGAAAAUCGGCAGAAGCGUGAAAACCAUCGAAAUCCCAAGCAAAAUCCCCAAAAAACCACUGAAGCCUAAUUCCAAGUGCCAGGUGGCUGGAUGGGGUAAAAAAACUAAACGGCAAAAAGUAGUGAAUGAUCUUUUGGUGACAGAUGUGUUGACUAUCAACUUCACAACCUGCCAGACGAUGUUGAAAGAAAUGAAAGAUCCACUCCCAGACAACGUCCUGUGCUCUCGGGGUUCCGAGACAAACACUUGUGCUAGUGAGGGCGACUCGGGUGGACCGCUUGUGUGCAGUGGGAGGGCGGUGGGCAUCGUCUCUUUGGAAUGCUGUAACAACCAAAAUGUUUCCAACAUUUACACUGAAAUUUCAAAAUACACAGUAUGGAUCAAGAAGGUGAUCAAUGGAGGUGCCUGAUGCCUUUGAAACAGAACUUAUUGUUGUACAGUUCACUAAACUCAACUUUUAUGGUGAUGUGAACGCUACAUGUCAAACAUUUUCAAUAAAAGCAAGAAAAGAAGAAUAAAAACUCAAUAAGCAAUGACUCUGCAUUUCUUUGGUUGCUACUUCACAGAGAGCGAAACCAUUCUGGGGCUGUUUGAUACUCAACCACAGUUAAAGUUCACCUCCAUCACCACAUCCUAUAAAUUACACAACAAGAUUUUUUUAAACAAAAAUAGAUGCAGCGCUGGGAAAAAAAGUUGUACACAUACUCUCCAACAAAAAAAAUUAAUGUAAUUUUUAAGCUUUGUUUAAAAAGUCCUGAAGACACGAGCAAUCGAUUUGUCAAGGUGUAUAAAAAGUCAUUCAGUCAUCCGAAGUCAUUCAGUCUCAUUUUGCAGUGUCUUAUAUGCUCACAAAAACAUUGUUGGUGCAUGAGGCAGCUGAAAAAAAAGAAGAAACUGCUUCUGAAAAAGUUCUCAUCAUUCGUUGUAUUUCCUUAGGUUUAAAACAGACAAUGUAGGCCAUGAUGCACAAAAACCACAAACCUUGUAUUUCUUUCCCCCAUGCUCUAUUAAUUUAACAUGUUCUGGUAAUACAACCUAUGUGGCCACAGAAAAACUUU